AUGCUGCUUAAAUCAAUCUUGGCUCUCCCAACCUUACUCGGUGAUCUUCUAUCAUGGGGGUAUUCGCUUAGAGUGCCCGAGCAGCAAACCCUCCAAGUCCAUCAGUCACCAAAGCGCGUAGCUGUCAUAGGUGCUGGAACGUCAGGUCUCUCGUUCCUCAAAGUCGUCAAAGACUAUAAAGAGGAGUAUGAUCUCGACUGGGACGUCGUCCUGUUCGAGAAACGUCACGAUGUAGGCGGCAUAUGGCUUAAACAAGAGGAAAAACCUGGACCUGAUAGGGCUUCCUCAGGCUGUCUACCGGAGACUCCGCUUUACCCUGGGGUUUCUACGAGCACGCCAAAUCCUUAUAAUACCCUUCCUGGCCUUCCCUUCCCGCCCGGGUUCGACUUGUAUCUCCCGGAGCAGGAGAUGUACAACUACCACAGAAAUCUCUUCGAGAUGGUUCUUAAAAAAGACUUUGAACAAAAAAUCAAGUGGCAGCAUGAGGUCACUAAGGCUCGCUGGGUCGGUACUGCUGAGAGUGGUCAAUGGGAACUAACCAUCCAAACGCCGAAAAGCGGCGGAUCGGCGCAACGUUUUCGUUCUUCGUUCUCUGCUGCGUGUACCCCGGAGUCGGGAAAGGAGACCAUACAAGAGAAAUUCGAUCAUCUCAUUGUCGCCGUUGGUCAAACCGCGUACCCUCGAACAGAUAAACCCCCUGGAAUGGACAAGUGGCUUUCGAAAAAUUAUGAAAACUCAACGCUUCCGAGGCAAAUACAACAUUCGAUGUACUACAUGAGCCCAAAAUCUUACGCUGGUCGCACCGUUCUUGUCGCGGGCGCUGGUGGCGCUGGCGAGGAUGUUGCACGGGACGUUCGCCGACGCGCUAAAAAGGUCUAUAUUGCACGAUCGUCAACGAACCCGUGCCCGCGUGCUAGUGACCCUACCCCAGUGGGUCGAUUAACACACUUCGAGGAGGAUGCCGUCUGCUUCGACGGGGAAACCGGAUGUAAGGACGACGUCGAUAGCGUUAUUCUCGCAAUUGGAUACGAAACGAAAAUCCCCUUCCUCAUGACAGGAGGUGCGCUUAUGGAGCAUCGAGAGAGUGUGUCAUGCGAUACCAGCGAUAUUGACGAUCCGAAGCUCUCGACCAACGGCAAUUACAUACGCCCGCUUUACAAACACACGAUGAGUUUAAGCUCCGACUUCCCUCCUGACUCCCUUUUCAUCCUUGGGCUACCAAGAGAUUUUCCGCCUGCACUGUUAGCCGUUGCCCAGUCAAUUUUCGCCACUCGAGUGAUCAAGGACAAAUCUUUGGUGGACAGAGACGCGCUCUUCCGGGAAUUGGUGUAUGAAGAGAAACGCCAAUGUAGUAAGUGCGAAGGUCAAGAGGAGCGGUGCAAGUUUGAUCCAUUCCAGCUGGGACAUCGACUCGUUGAGGUUGCGGAGCGGGACGAAUUCAACGUCCUCAUGAACGGUCUGAUCGAUGUUCUCAAACAGAAAUGUGCGACGGAGUUGCCACCAUUGCCCGGAACCGGAGAUCGGUUCGUCGAUGAUCGGAGGCUUAGAGUGAAUCGUAGGAGUAUGAUUCCAAGGAUCAAAUGCUACUGGGACAACCUUGAGGACGAUGAGAGGGAGAAGCUUCUUAAGGGGAGGGUGAAUGAGGAUGCUUGGUUUAAACUAGUUAAUGAUUUGAUAGUCCUUUCCGAUCCGAUGAAUCAGUGCAAAAAAGCAACGGGGGGCAUCCAGGAUGUUUAG